AUGGAAUCGAAGAACUUUAAUUUGACAAAUGUUCAUGGACACGUCACUGAUUCUGACAAUAGUGACGUAAAUGAUGACGCAAUUAGUUUUUCAGCACAACAUAAUGUAGAAGUAAAUACAAUUCAAUUGCACUCCACAGGGAUUAACAAUAACGAACCACUUGCAAAUGAACCCUUGUGCACAGUCAAUGAAGCAUCGAUUACCAGAUCAGAUGAAAAUAUUUCGCGUGAAAUCAGUGAACCUAGCCCGGUUUCGAUUCAAUCAGACCGUGGCAGAGAAACAAUGGCAACAAAUAAUGGCAUAAAUACAAACACACAAGCUUCGUCAGUUACGCUUGAGGCAUUAUAUAGUCUGAUGUCAAACGUGAGCGAGAAACUGGCGAAUCUAGAAAUCAGCCACAACAUGACAAACACAAAAUUGUCAAACAUGGAAAUUGGGUUCCAACAGCAGUUUUCAAGUGUAAACACGCAAUUUGAAAACAUACACAGACAUUUCGAUCAACGCUUAAAUAAACUCACCAAUGAAAUCGAUCAAAAGAUAGAAGACAAAGUCAUCAAAACCGUCAAUAGUGUAUACAAUGUAUUGGCAAAUGACUUAGAAAAGAAAUUGUCAGAUCUUACAAACAAACAGGAACAGGAACUGUCAGAAAUAGCAGAAACACACAAUCAAACACAAACCGAGACUCGACGUAUCAACGCGGACAUUAUCAAAAUAAAUGAAACUUUAGAAAACGGUAAUGUAAAUGAAUCAAUAACUGACCGGGAAACAAAACUUUUUGAAAAAUUAGGUAAUGAAAUCAAAGUAGCCGAGAACAGAAUACGCAAGGAAAUUGCUGGUAGACUGAAUGUUUCAAAUGACUUGCCUACGUCAAGCAACAGGCAGCGCGACACUUAUUCGUCCGUGCCAGAUUACGAUGUCAAUAACGCAGUACAUCAGGCGCCCAGUCCGGCGUAUGUGCACGCACCGGCACAGGCAAACAAUGGCUAUUCGCCAAACGCGGUGCUGCAACAGGCAAACGAUCUUGAAUACUUUCUUUCCGUGCUUGACUCAAUUGAACUAAUAUACGAAGAAGAGCCGAGCACAAGUAAUCGGAAUGAAUAUUCCGGAACCAAUCAAAACAACGGUAACGGACAUCAUUUUAAUGGCAGUGGACAAAACCCAUACAGUUGGGAUCCGUAUGCGACAAGGCCAAAUAAUGGAACCUGGAAUUACGGAAAUCGGAGGAAUUCGGCGCCACAAAGACGUGAAGACCGAAGGUAUAGUACAGAUUACGGCCCACGCCGGUAUGGAAAUGAUAGAAAUCACGUGAAUGAUUGGUCAGGCCCGCGUGAUGAAAGGCGGCACACAAAUGAAAAUUACAAUAGUUACAGUAAUAGGAAUGAUAGACCAAGGAGGAAUAGCGACGGUCGGUCGCAAGAAAAUGUUGCACGCGGCGGUCCGGAAACUAAUUGGCGACAGAAUAACCACUCAGUACACUUUGUAGAGGUAACGGACAGUACUGAAGCAACGCCUUUGUCUCCCCCGGUAAACAACAAUCGGUCGUAA